UUGCUGUUGCUGGGGAAGCUGAUUGCUGAAUGCUGAAAUUUGCUGAUGAUGUAUGGUUUGGUUAGUGGUUUAUGGUUGCGUUAAAGCGUCUCUCGUGCUCCUCGUCUGAACUUUCAAACUAAAACCUAAAACUAAACUUAGGAUUUCGAUUUAGGAACACUGUGGUACUUAACCAUUCGUUUGUGUGUAAAUUGUCUUAUUAGUGUUUACAUUAUGUUAUGAACUUGGUUUGAAAGGAUUUCUGGUUGAAAAAUGCCUGUUCAGGACGAAGGAGGAAGUUUAUUCAAAAAAUGGUCUACGUUGAUCAAAGCAGACAGAAUCAGUGAAGUUCUAGUCGAAGCAGAGGAAAGACAUAUAGCUGAAGAUAGAGCAUUGGAAUGUGUAGUCUACAUAUCUCACCUUGCCUACAAAAGUUCUCAAAAUGGUGUGCCAUUCAUCAGUCCAUCGGACAAGAUUGUACGACUCACAGAAGUACUAAGCGGCAUGGUCAUUGGUCGACCUUCUCUCUGCAACCGUAGACUUAUGAUUAGCCUCUACCACAUCGCAUUCUUCUUUUAUAAAAAUAAUCAUCUUCUGUGCAUGAAAAAGAUUUACAAAAUAAUUUUAGAAGCCAAACAAACUAACACAAGUUGCUUUGAAGAUGAUGAUGGUAAAGUAUUUGAUAACUGCAUAUUACUACUGAAGAAAGCACUCCCUAGCUUGGUUAUUGACAAAGUUUCAAAAAUUAAUCAGACUUUAGUUAAAGAAUGCUUAUCUUUGUAUUUGAAUUUACACACUGAAGAUAAUGAAUUGAAAAACGGAUCAGCAUAUUUGGAAUCUGUUCUGUACGCAAGUCAGAUGAUUGCAAGAGAUGACAACAAAGCAGCAGUGGUGUAUUUGAUUUGUAAGGGUCUGCAGCUGUUUUUUGAGGUGAAGACAAUAAAGGAUGUAGAUUCAUCAUUGUCUCUGAUGUUCAAACUACUGUUGUCUCUAUUCAAUUGCCAACUGGAACUAAAAGGUUAUGCCUCUGCCAUAGAUCUGGUGCUGUCAUACGUGGACAAAAAUAUGUAUAAGUUUGGAGAAGAAAGUAUUCUUCACGGAGGAUGUUUUUAUUUGCUUUGUCAAGCAAAAUUGUUUAUAUCUUGUCAGUCCGAGGUUGUUGCCAUGAAAACUAUCCAAAAUGUAAAUGCAACCCUUGAAAAGUUGAAAAGUGCCAAAGACAAGAGAGACUUUAUCAAGGAGGCUGGUGCAUUGAUGAUUUCUUUUAUUUCCAAUUUAAAUCUUCAUAAAACAAUCAAAUCAUCCACUCUUCUCAAUGUGUGUCUGGGACCUUUCUUGGAAAUGAUACUUAACUUGUGUAAUACAUUACAGCAUUUGAAUGCUGGAAAAUGUCUUUACAUAUACUGCCUCACUAGUAGUUUUCUGCUUGUAUCAGAAGUUGCACAAUCAAGGAAAGACAUGUUGAAAGAAUGUUUAAAUACUCUACUAAAAUUUGAAGCACUUUUCUUCAAAGUAACCAACAUGUUGAGAUCUGAAAAUCAUCAGAAAGCAGAUUUUUACACCAAGUUAGUUUUGACGCGGUGCGCAAAUUUGUUACACACAUAUCAUUUAGCUUUGCUAGAUGAGGAAAUUGUAUCACUUUCAAAACCAUUUUGCAAAUUCAUCUGUACUUUGCCGUCAUCUAUAUUUGAAGACUCAUCAAGUAAGACCUCCAUGGAGCUGAGCUUUACAUGUCUAAUUCAAGCUCUUGGACCUAAACGGCUGUACGAGGUGUUAGAGGCAGCUGUGGCUUGGUUGGUUGUGUGUCCAGAGUCUAGUAAGAAAGUGUUCCGUUUGUGGGGAGAUAUCAAACACAACGCCAUCUGUGACGGUGGUAGUGAGUUUCUGGAUACCACUGUAUCGACUGUUGUAAAUCAGGGGCAAAGUAGCCUGGAAGAAAAUUGGUUUCCCUGUAACCUAACUCCAGAUCAACUCGGAGACUUCUUGGUGAAAGAGUUAUACACCUACUUCAUAAACAGCACCCUGAGGGGAUCUCCAGUGUUGGUAGCUGUCCAGGAUCUAGAGUGUCUGACUACAGAUGUGGUGACCCAGGUGAGAGGAGUGGUAGUAGCCCUGGAUGUGACGUCAGCUCGUAGCGAGUACACAGAGCAGUGCAGCCACUACCACCACCGCAGCUUACAACUACUCUCACAACUGAAGAAACAGAAAAAUAAGAUUGAUCCUAUUGUCUUCAACUGCAGCAUGGCGGAAUUGCUGUAUGCUCAGUUCCGCUUCAAGCUGAAAUCUUUUCGAUUGGAUUGUGAAGGUGAGGUGCUGCGGCUCUCAGCCCUACAUCAGUCAGCUGGACCUUUGAUCCCUGAACUACCUGAAGAUCAACCAGAUCCAGAUGACACUUGUGAUGUCACUACCAGAUACUCUAACCUCUCCCUAGAGAAACAGAAAGAGAUAUUGGCAGAGCUGAACACUGCAGUCUCUCACUGGCGGACUGCUUGUACACGAUUGACAACGAAUCAGGAGUCUAAAAGUUCUAAAUAUGACUUACGAGUAACACUUAAGAAUCUACAAGAAGCUGCCUUUAUAAUGAAACUCUACUGUGAUGAGAUCAAGGAACGUGAACUUUGGCGUCUCCUGUACAACCUGGCCUCCCUUGUAGACGACACAAACAGUGUCGUGAUUGCAAUGGGUGAAAUGUUGAAAAACAAAACUCUGUUCGACUUAAAAGAUAUUGAAGAAAUUCUGCACCGUCCUGGGGUGUUGGAAAGAACAAAAGAUGCUUUUACAUUAAACAAAGCUUCAUUCUAUCUCAGCAAGAACAUGAUAGCUGAAGGGCUUAAGCUACUGGCAUCCAAAACAGAAAUCAAGAAAAAUCUCAGUUCCAUUCAUUAUAUAAACUGUCAUGUAAUCUUGGGGAUGUAUCAGAAGUUGAGUAAUUGGAACACGCACAGUGACCAGUAUGUGCACAGCCCAUCUUGCCACAUGAGUUUUCUCAAAGCACUCAGCCAUCUGUUAUACUUGACACAACAAGAGAAGUGGAGUAGUUUGAUGGAGGCUAGCCAGAUCCAGCUGACUCUACUACAAGUGUCACAUCAGCUGGGGGAAGUGAACUGGAGUCUAGAACAGCCUCGCGAGGCUCGAUGCUACCUCAAGUCUCAACUGUCCAUCGCUCAGAAGCUUGGUCUGCCUCUUAGAUCGUCCCAGCUUCUUCUGUUGCUGGCAUGGGUGGACCUACACACUGGUAUGAUGCCAGAUUGUGCUGUUAAGCUAGAGGGGUUAGAAGUUUUGCUAGAUCUCCAAGGAGCUCCUGCUGUAUAUGAGGCUGGUACAGACAAUUCAACAAAGCUCAAUAAGGUUGAGAUUUACGAUCCAGAGUUUCUGAGUCAUGCCAAGCUGUUUCCUGGUUGUGACUGCUUCUGCUGCAGCUGUACUGAGUAUCAGCGACUGGUGAUGGAAACACUCUGCCUUCGAGCCUCUUACUGCACCAACAAUGACCAACCAACUCUGGCUCUGCAGAGCUUCAAAGUGGCUUUCCGAGUUCGAGAUUAUCUGAACAAGUCAGAAGACUUAGAAGUACAAACUUCUUCAAUCCGUAUGUGGAAAUGCUAUGCCGAUACCUUGGCAUUAUACAACAGGCCGCAGGAAGAAAUAAACAUUAAUGAGAAAACAUCCACUGCUCUACCAUUAAUUAAACAACAAAAUCCAAUACUACUUCAACAUAUUCUUCACCAAAACUCAUGCCGACAAAACUUGAAACCUGGUCUUAACAAAUCAAUCGGACACAGAAUAGUAAUAGAAACAGAGGAAAAUGUAUCCAUUGUUAAUACUCCAACCAACAAAAAGGGACAAGUAUUUGUUGCUAAAACUCCUCUAAGUGUUGUUGAUGGCAACAUAACACCAAAAUGUAUUAGGCAAGUAAGAAAGUUAACCUUUCCAUCCAGUGGCGAAGAAAAUACACCUCCGCCACAUAAGGCAGUGAAGCCUAAAUCAAAAAGAACCAUCAAGCCACCUACAAAGAUUAAAAUAGAAACACCUCAGACAGCAAACAAGAUGUUGAAGAUCAACAAAACCCCUUUCACAAUUGUAGAUGACGAUGGAAAUGCAGUUGGAGUUAUCAGCUCCCAAGUGAGUUCAAGGGCAAAGAAGAACACAGAAGUUAAACCUAGUUCCUCUGUUCACAAAAAGCUAUUUAAGUCUGAUCAAAUGUCCACUGACAAGAAGUUGAUUUCAUCAAUUGUUUUUAAGUCCCCAGAAAGGAAAAGUAACAGACAAAAAGUCUAUGGAAAUAAACAAUCAAAUCCUCCUCUAGAUGACAGUUUGAAAAAGCUGGAAUCCACCAACAAAAAUGUUAUUGAAGACAAUUCUGAUUCUAAUUCAGAAAUAUUUUUAUUUGAGGAAUUGAAAGAGGAAGUUAAUAAUAUCAAACAUUCUAUUCCAAAAUCUACCUACAGCAAAAGUUCAUUGAAAAGAGUAACAAAAAGUGUGAUGAAUUCAAGAAGCCAUCCAGGAAGUAGUAAAGUAGAUGUGGAAAGUGAUGGCAGCGUAGUUGAAGGCACACCAACCCCACCUGGUAAUAAAAAACUAACUCUACGAACAUUGAGGCCAAAACGAACAGUGACCAAAUAAAAUAAGAACUAGAGUCUCAAUAAUGAGUCUCAAUAAUUUGAUCAUAUUGAUCGUAAUUGUAAUGCUGCCUUAUUUGUCUAUUUACUUGCAAUGGUUUUUAAUGUGGGUUUUAUCUAGUAAAAUUAUGUAAAUAUAUACAUUCCGAGUGUGUUCAAUAACUUAGCUAGAUUGUGUUUUGAUUAAUCGAGCCACAAUACAUCAUAUCUCUAUCAUCCUGAUUAUACCCUCAAUUAAUAGUGGGAAGUAUGUGGUAGUUUUUUUAAGUAUACUUAGCUUGCACUGUUGAAAGAAAACAAAAAAAUAUUUUAAACUACUAUUGCUGGUCAUACUUUAAAUUUUGCCACAUAAAUUCUCCCAUUUCAAAUAAUGUUAUUAGUACAACAAUUUUGCCAUGGACAUUGUAAGGUGGUAUUAAUUAAUAAAACAGAUUCAAUAACUUAUUUUAUUUAGGCUUUAGGAACAACAGCUCAUUCAAUGACAACAAUAAUGUCAGUCAAAGACAGACAAUAAUAUACAAAACAUGGAUAGUCUACAAUCCAAAAAAAUAACGGCUUUAGAGCUUUACAUCUUAAAAUGAAUUUCAAACUGUACGUUGAUAUAAAAGUUAAGUAAACAGUUUUGGGAAGACCGAAUGAGCAUAUACAAAUAAUAACCAGGACACAUUUAUUUGUAAUAAACAAUGUUUAAAAUACUUUUUGUCAAAAAUUGCUUUCAUAAAAACUACUAUUCCAUUACCAUUAAUAAACUUUAUGUACAUCUUAUAUUCCUGCAAAGUUAAAUUGUAUUAGCGUUUUUAUUGCUUUAUAUUCAAGUAAAUAAAAUAAUCAGGAAAACUUGUUUUAAUUGUGAAAUCACGUGCUUUUGAGAAGAAAUUUGUAUUUGUUACUUAAAUAUGACGAGUUUAUAGAGCAUCAGCUUUGAAACAAUUAAAAUUAUGAAAACUGUA